GCAUCAGCGUGUGUUUUGAUGAAGGCAUUGAGACCACAAGAGAGCUGUCAGGAUGUGUGUGUCUUGGAUGAGCCUGCUGAGCAUUCAGUCAGUUAGUUUCAGAGACACAGAGGAGCAUGUAGUGUAAAGCCCUGAACACAGCUACUAGACGCUAAGUGCUGCUGAUCCUGGAGAGGAGAAGGGAGAGAGGGAACAGGACAGAAAGAGAGAGAGCUCACUGCCUUCCUUCCCGUCUCUCUGUGUGCCAUGUGUGAUUGGCUAGCGUGGCCUCUGGCGGUAGCAUCACCCUGGAUUCAGCGUGCUUCCCCCCCCACUACCUGUGCCUGUGCCCCAGCCGUCCCCUGGGACCUUCUACUGGGAUUUAUCUCCUACUGCUGGAGGGCGCCGGGGUUUCUGCCUUUUUGAAAACUGUCCACAGUGGGAGAAAUACAAAGAUUAAAAGAAGUGAAAAUAAUUAAUCAAUCAUGCUGCACAACCAGGCAGACUUCUGGAAUCCCUUAGCAACAACUGAGGGAGCAAGAGGGAAGUGAAUCGCCUGUUCUUUCUGUUGCUGGUGAUCUGUUUCUGGGAGCAUCUCUGCAGACCAGGGUGGACCCAGUCAAAUCUGUAAGGGCACACUUGUUGCCAUAGCACCAGAGGAUGUACCCCGCUCCUCCUUCUCCUCCUCAUCUAGUUCAGCAUCUAGUUUGUUUCUUAUUCUUCCUCUCAUCACGAGUCAUAUUUUCCUCUCCAAGAUUUCAGUUUUUCCUCAACCCUGCUACCUGGAAUAAGCCCUGCCGCUAAAGAAAAUAUUGGACAUUUUCACACACACACACACACACACACACGAAUACAGACUCAUCCCUCCUCAUUCCUUCCUCUGACAAGAAACGAAGGACAAAUUUCGAUCAUCUUCUGAGAAUAAAAUGGAUGUGUGGAAGUGUCUUUUGAUGUGAGAUUAUUCUUUAUUCCUACAAAAUUUGCUUAUACUUCCAAGAGAAAGGGAACCCUGCACUGGACACAAGAGGGACAUAUCUUGUUUUUAAAACAGAUUUGUCCUCCUUUCUCCCUAAAAAAAGACAAAAGCCCAACGGGGGAGUACAUUUAAAAGGAAAAGCUUGUACCUACUGCCCACGAAUAAUGUAGAACAAGAUCAUGAAAAAUGAGCAAUUGCUGGGAGUUUUAUUUUUCUAUUAAGCUUGGAUAUUCUGCCCUAAAGCGGAGGUUGAAAAUGAGCCCCUUGUUCAGGUUGACAAUCCGGGCUGUACUUACUUUUUUACAGUAACCUGGCUGCUGCACAGAGUCAGUGUACCCUCAAAAUAUGAUUGUAAAGGAAGGAGAGUGGGAGUGGAAAAGAGCAACUUUCUCAUUCUGACGGGCGAUGUAAAUAACUCUCCCCCUCAGAGACCAGUGCAGACAUACACACUGACACAUGAGAUGAGUCGAGUUUCUGGCUCUUCACCGUUAUCACACGCACGAUUUUAGCUAAUAGUUUCAAUUCUUUUGCUUCACCCUGUUUUCCGUGGAUCUAACUUGCUCAACUUUUUUUUGAAUUCUUUUGGCUUCAUUUUUUUUUGCGUUAUCCGUACCGAAACCAUGGAUGGCGGAGGGUAAGGACAGGGGUGUGAGCACUCAGGCCAAGGAAGGUCUUUCGGCUGUCCAGGGGCUUUUAAGAUGUUGAGGUCUCCCUGCGUGGCUGGGGCCCCUGUUCGGAUCAGUAGCACUGAGGCUCCUCGCAGUCAGAGACAUGGACCCCGACUCGGCUCCCCCACGCCCUCAGCCUCAGCCCGCCGGCCCCUGGCCCCACGUCACCCUGUGAAGGAUGUCCCUCAGCGGAGCUCCGGCCCGGGACACCUCUGAGACCCCCAGCCAGACCCCCAGAGAACGCAUCCGCAGCCACAUGAAGAUGGUGAUCAACCAGCUGGACGGCAUUCUCAAAGAGCUCAAAGAUGUGGCCAAGGAACUCCGGGAGGUGGUGGGUCAGAUCGACAAGCUAACAUCAGACUUUGACUUGGACCUGGAGCCGGAUGACUGGACAGUGGCUACGGCGAGCAGCACGUCCAGUAGUGAAAGAGGCCUGGGAGAGGCGUUCAGGCUGGACUUCCUAAACCACGAUGUGCUCUCGGACAGCUGGGAGUUCUGCAGCUACCUGGAAGCCUCUGCAGCAAAUGCCUCCCGCAAAGCGGCGCCGUCAGAGCAGCCCGGGGACGCAGGGCUGGGGGUGGGCCGCGGUUGCAUUCCCACCCAGACCCAGACCCCGACCCCGCCCCCUACCACCGCCUCAGCCUACUCCCAGAUGAACGGGGGACUGCCCAUCCCCAACGGACCUCUCGUUGUCACACCAGACUCAUCCAGUGCCAGUGAAGAGGCCUCCAGCUCCACGCACAGCCACAAGACGUCCCGCACGUCCGGCACCAGAGAGAGAGUGCGCUUCAGUGACAAGAUCCUGUACCACGCUCUGUGCUGUGACGACGAUGACGAGGAGGAGGGCGAGGAGGAGCGAGGCGGAUGUGCGACCCCGGACACCGAUGACAGCGAGCCCAGUCCUAGUCAGGCCGGCUCGCCCACACCCCCGCUCACCUCCUCUGAGUACUCCGUCCUCCAUAACUGUCUAGACCCUUGCCAUGUCUCGUCUCCUGUGAAGUUGGCGGCAGGGACACACAUGCUCCCCAGAAAGGGUCUCCUCAACCCUGCGAGCUGCCGGAAAAAACUGCUACGCAAUAGCAGCACACAGACUGUCUCAGACAAGAGCACUCAAACUGUACUGCCCUAUAUUCCAGCCAAACAGAAAACAAAGGACCACUGAGAAACAGUAACUUUACAAAAGCAGAACUACUGAAGAAGGACUGUGUGCUAUUUAAUAUUAAAUACAUAGAUCAUAGAUUAAUACACAAAUCAAUUAAUAAAUUAAUUAAUUACUAAAUAAAGAAAUGAUAUAUGGGAAAUUACUUGACUACCUACAGUCAUUCUGAGGCUCAGGGAAAUAAAGAUGAAAUGAUAAUGGCGGUUGCUUAUGGCAAUGGAUAAAGGAUAUCGAAGGACCAAAAGGCUACUGCCUACUAUUGAAAAGUACCGAAUGGAUUCCCUAUUUAUAAUAAUUUGCAACACUUAUUGAGAUUACUAAAGCAAUCUUUUUUCUAGGAAGUUGAAAUUGUUCUCAAAUCGAAAAGUAUAGAGAGGUUAUUUCUCUCCUUAUACACAAGAAAAUAUAAUGCUUGUUCUUUAAGAAAAUGAUGCACAUUCUGUACACUGAGAAUCUGUAUAAACAUUGUCUUUUUCCAU